AUGAACUUCCCGUUGAUGAUUCAAAGCGUACCCGCUUCGAUCCCUGUGGUGUGGGCUGCGGUGUCGAGCUCAUCCCUGGUCAGGACCGCAGGAUGCCGCCGAUCAAAACGCGCCGUCGCGCGCCAAUCUACGUCGGAACAACGUUAUCCCGAGGAGUGUUAUCUUAUCGGGCUCGACGGCGGAAAAUUCAUCAUCUUUUCUUUACGCUCGUCGCAGCUGGUCUUACGGAGUACUCGAGUAAUCGCAAUCUGUUCCUUCGGUUCAAUGUUUACCUCUGCUUUAGACACUCCCCGUCGGUUAUACCCGCGAUUGCCAGCAUCUGCGACUGUCCACUUGCUGUCCUCUGUAAGACAUGCGUCCUUGAACUCGGCCAUCGGACGUGGCAUCCGCGCAAGUGUCAAGGAAUUGCCUCGUGAAGAUCACCAAAGACGGUCGGGGAAAGGUUCUGGCCGUGAUGAUAACUACCGGCAAUCUUCCAGAAGCUCUUUUCGUGAGGUUGGACGCCCAACAUUUACAAAAGACUCGCCUGGAGAAAAUGGCCAUCGAAGAACUGUGAAAAGCUCACCUCGCGAGAAUGGCUACCGACCAAAUGCCAGAGGCUCUUUCUACUCUAGGCCUUCGAGGACUGAAUAUCGCCGAGAAGAAGAAAAGAAGUGGUCUAUGAACAAUUUCGACGAGAACGAGUUCAUUAGAACUGGCAACUUCCGGGCAUUACCUCUCGAACACCAACGCCCUCAGAAGCUUUCUGACAAUCGCAAAAACUGCGAUGCGGAUAGCGAGCCACAACGAAGUCCACGAUCAAAGAAAAACGAGAAGAUAAAGCCUUAUCGAUCCACAGAAACAGCACCAGAACGUGUUAAGGAACAUGUAAAAGUUCCGGACUCCAUUCCUUAUACUACCCCCGCAUCAGAGUUCAUUUAUGGGACCGGUGCGGUUGAGGCUGCCUUGCGCUGCAGCCGGCGCAAGUUGUACACGCUGUACCUAUAUCUAAGCCCUGGCGAGGAAUUGAACUUCACCAAGAAUGCCUUACGCAAAAUCGCCCUCGCCAAGGGUAUCAAGGUGAAACUGGCUUUCGGGGAUUGGGACCGACUUCUUGAUAAGAUGAGCGCUGGUCGCCCUCACAAUGGCUGCAUUAUUGAAGCAUCCCAUCUGCCCCAAUUGCCUGUGAAAAGCUUGAAGAAGGUUGAAUCUAAUGAAGAAAGCCACUUCUCCGUGGAAUUGGGAAGUCAGUCCCGGGAAGAAGCGAUGGUGAACGGCAUAAACGAUCGGAUAGAAAUCCACCAUUCGCAAGAGCGACGACGAUUUCCAAUUGUUUUACUCCUAAAUGGUAUUGUCGACCCGGGUAAUCUUGGUGCCAUCAUCCGCUCGGCCUACUACCUCGGAGUUGAUGCCAUCAUCUUCGCGGGUACGAAUUCGGCACCACUGUCUCCUGUCACGAUCAAGGCUUCUGCAGGUGCUGCAGAAAAUAUGACCCUUCUGGAAGUCAGCAACGAGGUUGACUUCAUUCGACGAUCGAAGGAGAACGGUUGGCGAUUUUACGCUGCAGACGCCCCCGGCCCUGGGUCGACGUUUGUAGACUCGUCGGCCGGUGGAGAAACGCCUUCAAAUAACGGACUGGGCUUCGCACAAGCACCCAGCGUGAUAAUGAUGGGCAGCGAGGGCGCAGGGUUGAGCAGCCACAUAAAAUCUCAUGCUGAUUCUAUCGUGAGCAUUCCCGGGUCCCGAUUUAGUAUGGGAUUGGGAGUCGAGUCCGAUCCAGCCCGGGUCGACAGUCUCAACGUGAGCGUUGCAGCCGCAUUACUGAUGGAGAUGUUCCUGCGGGUUCCCCUUGCUGUGUCGGACGUGCCCCAGAAGGAGAAGAAGGAAAAACCCCGUCGACCAUGAAGAAUAUACGAUAUAGAGACGCUGUAUAGUUAGCCAUGUAUAUUAGUUAAUGCAUCUAAUCAGAAAAUAUAUGCAAAUAAUAGGACU